UGUUCUCAUCACUGCUGACUCCCACCAUGAUGACUACAGAGUCUUUUCUCAGUGGCGUUAGGGUCUCCAUCUUUAACUUGCUGAUUGUGGCAACAUGUGGUUACCCCCAUAAAGGGUCUCAAUCCACUGGCCAGAGCAGCAGCGGUGCAAAUGUUGCAGCUAACUAUCCCUCUUACCACGGAGGAGCCCAUAGUUUUGCAGCUGCACCAUACAGCACUGUUGGACAUGCUUAUGGGUCCACAUUUGCCCAUGGUCCUGGUCUGUAUCAGCCUGUUUCUGUUCCAGGGUUUAGCAGCUCUUCAGCCCCAAUGGGUGUGCAAGCUGCUGGUGUGUCCCCAAUGGCUCAAGUAGGUGUGCAAGCUGCUGGUGUGUCCCCAAUGGCUCAGUCAAGCACCUUGGUCUCUGGUCUGCCAGGGGCUGCAUAUGUCACAAGCCCUCAAGUGUAUGUGCCUGUGGCAGAAUAUGAUGCUGGGACCCAGGAUGAACAACCAGAAACCCAGUGGGCUGUUCCUACCACAGUCUUCUCUGAGGCGGGCUCAGCUGAUGCCCAGUCCAUCGGUGACUUUGUUCCUUCAGGCUCUUCUGCACCAAGUGGACCCACCCUCCAGUCUGGAGAGACCUCCAGUGUGGUCAAGGAAGCUGAGCUGGGGAGCUACCAGCAGCAGACCGAGGAUUUUGGCUACCCAGCUGACGUUGCAGGAUCUGGACAGGGGUUUGGUCAGGGGUUGGCCACUGUCCUUGUGUCAGGCAGUCAACUGGGUGGCUUCCGCCCUGUAUCUACUGGCAGGUUUGACAGGAUGCUCUUGUAUGGCUUGUACCCGCCUGGAUCCUACAGCACCUUCAGCCAAAACCAUGAGGCAGGCAGAGACUACUCUCAGGCCAUCCACUACUUGAAGGAGCAUGCUACUGAAGGCCAUGCUUCUGGCCAGCAGCAGAAGAUCUUCCCAGGUGCCCAGUAGAGCUCUGCAGGAAAGGAAAUGAUCCUGUCAAUGGGCAGGACUCAGGCUCUCAGUAAUGUCCAUACUUUGGCUGGUUGGUCUGACUGGGGGUGGGGAACAACAAUACUGGAGUUUCAGUUUGUAAAGCAAAUCCAGUUUUUACAUAAAGCAUGGUGUCAUUUUCAAACCAUCAAUGGCAGUAACCCUGUCAAGGAAAAUAAAAAUGCUAUAUCAUGA